GCGCAAACGUUGCGCCAGUGAUGAGUACUAGGUGAUUUCGCCAAUUAGCUCACCAUGAAGCUGUUGCUUGCAUGCGUGGCGCUCUGCCUCCUAGGGCGAGCCCAUGCACAAGAUGAUUGUGUACUUAAUUUAAAAGAUGUUCAACUUAUACCAGCGGAUGGUGAAAGCAUCAAACUUGAGUAUACCGGAAAUAUCGAAAACAUUCAAAUUACCGGUCUUCAUGCCCAACACAUCAAAUUUGAGAUAAAAGAUGGAGAAAAUAAAGUAGAAAUUACUUUACAAGAGAUGAAAACUUAUCAUGAAUCAACAGAAUCCACGCCUAAUGCAAGAAGUUUGGAUUAUAAUUUGGCUUAUAAAUGCAAUGGCGUUGACACAACAAAAGACGGUCUUACAAUAAAGCUAGAGUUUGCUAAUAUUUACAAUCCUGAGUGUAUAAAAGGUUGUAAUGGUAAUAAAAUCGAGUAUACCCUGCCAAUGCCCUUCCCUGUAAUCGACUUGAACUUGCUGCAAGAAAUCAUAUUUCAAGAUAUCGAUGUAUACAAUGUGGAUUUGGACGUCGCCAUCUCAAAUUCCAAUUUUGAGGUACUUGCAGAAAAGUUGGGAGAUUCAGGAAUGAACAAACAGUUUAAGCUUUCCAUGAAACCGACAGUGACGAUAACUCAGCCAGAGACUUUGACAAUUACUGUUACUGAUAAACCUGCACAGGCAACUGAAAAAUCAAUAACCAUUGAAAUUGAUAUUAAAAAAGAUGAAAGUACCAGUAUGAUUGAAUUCGAAGAAACUACUUACACCGGCGAAUUCCGAAUUGAUGAAGCACCACUAGGAUUUUCUUUGAAGGCUAAGAUUGCUGAUCAUGCAGAUACAACAUUUACAGUUACCGGAGAUCACAGUGAUUGUUUUGUCGCUACAUAUGCUGAUGUAGAAGUUGAAGUUAAAAGCACAGCGUGUCAAUUGCCUUAUGGAAAAUCCGUUUUGAAUCUGGAAUUGAAUGCGAUUCAGGGUGGCCAGACAGUUUCUUCAGCCGCAUUGUUGAUUUCUAUUGUUUCGAAACAAUUUGAACAAAACGCCUACGUUGUUGAAUAUACUCCAGGCGCGCCGCUGGGAUUGAAUAUCAAGCUACUGAAUACUGGAAAUGAUGAUAAAUUUAAAUGCGAUUCUGAUCAACUUAUUUGUUCUAAUAAGGACAAAACCAUUAGUUGUGAACUGGUGAGUGAUUUUCAAGAAACAAUGUUGAAGACCAAAAUACAUGUUUAUAAAGAGGAUGAUGAAAAGGAUAAGAUAUCCGUGGACGUUAUAAUCCAAUCGACUUUAAACCCAAUUAAAUUUACUGAGAUUAAUUACGAAGGCACAAUUGCUUUGGAUAAGCAAAUAACGUUUACUCCUAAUAUAGAAACAACAAAACCCUGUGACACGAUGACGUUUGAUACGGAAAGGAAUGAUGAGAUCGAAGCAAAGUGUACGGGUAAUAUCAUUACUCUUUCAACAACACCCAACUUUAAACCGAUAACUGACCCAUAUCUCUUACUUACGUUAACUGCUGAGAUUGUUAGUAGCAAAGAGAAAGGUAGCGUGACUUUACUCCUUAACGUGGAGCAGAAACCGGAAGUGCAAGUCAAGUUCAAAGAGCGCGUAUAUCAAGGAACUGUUGAUACCAAGAACAACGUGAAUUUUGAUAACGGAGAAGGACCAUCCUUGGAAAAUUUGAGUGAAACUCCAACUAUAUCUAUUGAAACAGCCGAUUCUAAUUUUAAGGCCGUAUGGGAUACAGACAAGAUAGUAAUAACAGUCGACGGAGUACUUCCUUCAGAGAUGACAGUAGCAACAUUCAUUUUGCAAGCCAAGCUAGCUGAUGGUACCACUGAUCAAACUGCAAUUGUUCUGGACAUUGAACCAAAGGAUCCAGCAUCAAUCAUCAAGUUUAAGGAAAACUACUACAUUGGUUCUUUCGAUAACAAAAAUACUAUUGACAUUGAUCCAAAGAUAGAAACAGUUACGAAUUGUGAAAGCAUGGAUCUUGUUUUGAACAAAUUCAAAGACAAAUUCAAAGCUGAAUGCAGCGGUACUGUAAUUACUAUAACAGUAAUGGAGGACUUUCAAACUAAUGACCAAUAUCUAAAACUUAUGUUGACUGUUACGGAAGGAGACAAGACAGGUUCAACUACCAUCGUGCUUGACGUCAAACAGGAUACAGAACCUGGGGAAAUAGAGUUUACACAGCCGAAGUAUGAAGGAACCAUCGCAAUCAAUAAGGAAAUAUCAUUUACCUCUGAGGAUCCGAAACUAACUGGUGCAUUCGAAAAAGCAACUUUGAGGAUUGACGAACAUGAAGAAUACUUCAAACUUGAUUUGGAAGAAAGUGGUACAAUAAAAAUAACAGUAGAAAAAUAUUUUCCUCAUACUUGGAAAGCCGUAACUUUCAUUAUGACAGCCAAAACAACCACAGGAGAUGAAGCAAAGACAGCGAUUUUGUUAAACAUCGAACAAGACACCACAACUCUACCACCCAUAGAAUUCACUAAAAUCUACUAUGAAGGCACUUUUAACAAUGAAGAAAUUACAGUUGAUCCAGAAAUUGAGUUAAAAGAAGAUUGUUCACAAAUGCAGCUAACUUUAGAUCCAAGUGACAUUUUCACGCCAUCCUGCAACGGAAAGUCUGUUGUGUUGGCAGUUAAUCCUACCAUUAAAGCAGUAUCAUCCGAUCCUUUGGUAUUGACUAUAACUGCUACUGCUACUGAUAGAGCGAAGGGUACAGCCACAAUUGUAUUUGAUAUACCACAACAACCUGAGGAACCUAAGAUGAAGUUUACAAAGACCUUAUAUCAGGGAACUGUUGAUACAAAGAACAACGUGAAGUUUAAUAGCGGAGAAGAACCUUCCUUGGAAAAUUUGAAUGAAAAUCCAUCUAUAUCUAUUGAACCAGCUGACCCUAAUUUCAAGGCCGUAUGGGAUACAGACAAGAUAGUAAUAACAGUCGAAGGAGUACUUCCUUCAGACAUGACAGUAGCAAGAUUCAUUUUACAAGCCAAGCUAGCUGAUGGUACCACUGAUCAAACUGCAAUUGUUCUGGACAUUGAACCAAAGGAUCCAGCAUCAAUCAUCAAGUUUAAGGAAAACUACUACAUUGGUUCUUUCGAUAACAAAAAUACUAUUGACAUUGAUCCAAUGAUAGAAACAGUUACAAAUUGUGAAAGCAUGGAUCUUGUUUUGAAUGACGACGAAUUCAAUAACGAUAAAUUCAAAGCUGAAUGCAGCGGUACUCUGAUUACCGUUACAGUAACAGAGAAAUUCGUUCCAACCACUGACCAAUAUCUAACACUUAUUUUGACUGUUACGGAAGGAGACAAGACAGGUUCAACUACCAUCGUGCUUGACGUCCAACCAAAUCCACCAACUGGGGAAAUAGAGUUUACACAGCCGAAGUAUGAAGGAACCAUCGCAAUCAAUAAGGAAAUAUCAUUUACCUCUGAAGAUCCGAAACUAACUGGUGCAUCCGAAGAAGAAACAACUUUGACGAUUGACCAACAUAAAGAUAACUUUGAACUUGUUUGGGAAGAUAGUGGUACCAUAAAAAUUAGUGUAAGCAAGCCCCUUCCUGCUGAUUUGAAGGCAGCAAUUUUUAUUAUGACAGCCAAAACAACCAAAGGAGAUGAAGCAAAGACAGCGAUUUUGUUAAACAUCGAACAAGACACCACAACUCUACCACCCAUAGAAUUCACUAAAAUCUACUAUGAAGGCACUUUUAACAAUGAAGAAAUUACAGUUGAUCCAGAAAUUGAGUUAAAAGAAGAUUGUUCACAAAUGCAGCUAACUUUAGAUCCAAGUGACAUUUUCACGCCAUCCUGCAACGGAAAGUCUGUUGUGUUGGCAGUUAAUCCUACCAUUAAAGCAGUAUCAUCCGAUCCUUUGGUAUUGACUAUAACUGCUACUGCUACUGAUAGAGCGAAGGGUACAGCCACAAUUGUAUUUGAUAUACCACAACAACCUGAGGAACCUAAGAUGAAGUUUACAGAAACCUUAUAUCAGGGAACUGUUGAUACGAUGAACAACGUAAAAUUUAAUAGCGGAAAAGAGCCUUCCUUGGAAAAUUUGAAUGAAACUCCAACUAUAUCUAUUGAAACAGCCGACUCUAAUUUCAAGGCCGUAUGGGAUACAGACCAGAUAGUAAUAACAGUCGAAGGAGUACUUCCUUCAGACAUGACAGUAGCAAGAUUCAUUUUACAAGCCAAGCUAGCUGAUGGUACCACUGAUCAAACUGCAAUUGUUCUGGACAUUGAACCAAAGGAUCCAGCAUCAAUCAUCAAGUUUAAGGAAAACUACUACAUUGGUUCUUUCGAUAACAAAAAUACUAUUGACAUUGAUCCAAUGAUAGAAACAGUUACAAAUUGUGAAAGCAUGGAUCUUGUUUUGAAUGACGACGAAUUCAAUAACGAUAAAUUCAAAGCUGAAUGCAGCGGUACUCUGAUUACCGUUACAGUAACAGAGAAAUUCGUUCCAACCACUGACCAAUAUCUAACACUUAUUUUGACUGUUACGGAAGGAGACAAGACAGGUUCAACUACCAUCGUGCUUGACGUCCAACCAAAUCCACCAACUGGGGAAAUAGAGUUUACACAGCCGAAGUAUGAAGGAACCAUCGCAAUCAAUAAGGAAAUAUCAUUUACCUCUGAAGAUCCGAAACUAACUGGUGCAUCCGAAGAAGAAACAACUUUGACGAUUGACCAACAUAAAGAUAACUUUGAACUUGUUUGGGAAGAUAGUGGUACCAUAAAAAUUACUGUAAGCAAGCCCCUUCCUGCUGAUUUGAAGGCAGCAAUUUUUAUUAUGACAGCCAAAACAACCAAAGGAGAUGAAGCAAAGACAGCGAUUUUGUUAAACAUCGAACAAGACACCACAACUCUACCACCCAUAGAAUUCACUAAAAUCUACUAUGAAGGCACUUUUAACAAUGAAGAAAUUACAGUUGAUCCAGAAAUUGAGUUAAAAGAAGAUUGUUCACAAAUGCAGCUAACUUUAGAUCCAAGUGACAUUUUCACGGCAUCCUGCAACGGAAAGUCUGUUGAGUUGGCAGUUAAUCCUACCAUUAAAGCAGUAUCAUCCGAUCCUUUGGUAUUGACUAUAACUGCUACUGCUACUGAUAGAGCGAAGGGUACAGCCACAAUUGUAUUUAAUACACCACAACAACCUGAGGAACCUAAGAUGAAGUUUACAAAGACCUUAUAUCAGGGAAGUGUUGAUACAAAGAACAACGUGAAGUUUGAUAACGGAGAAGAGCCUUCCUUGGAAAAUUGGAAUGAAACUCCAACUAUAUCUAUUGAAACAGCCGACUCUAAUUUCAAGGCCGUAUGGGAUACAGACAAGAUAGUAAUAACAGUCGACGGAGUACUUCCUUCAGACAUGGCAGUAGCAAGAUUCAUUUUACAAGCCAAGCUAGGUGAUGGUACCACUGAUCAAACUGUAAUUGUUUUGGAUAUUGAACCAAAGGAUCCAGCAUCAAUCAUCGAGUUUAAGGAAAACUACUACAUUGGUUCUUUUGAUAACGAAAAUACGAUUGACAUUGAUCCAAAGAUAGAAACAGUUUCAAAUUGUGAAAGCAUGGAUCUUGUUUUGGAUAACAACAAAUUCAAAGCUGAAUGCAGCGGUACUGUGAUUACCAUUACAGUAACAGAGGACUUUGUUUCAAUCACUGACCAAUAUCUAACACUUAUCUUGACUGUUACGGAAGGAGACAAAGCAGGUUCAACUACCAUCGUGCUUGACGUUAAACAGGAUACAGAACCUGGGGAAAUAGAGUUUACACAGCCAAAGUAUGAAGGCACUAUUGCAAUCGAUAACAAAAUAUCAUUUACCUCUGAGGAUCCGAAACUAACUGGUGCGACCGAAAAACCAACUUUGAAGAUUGACCAACAUAAAGAGAACUUUGAACUUGAUUGGGAAUCAAGUGGUACAAUAAAAAUUACAGUGAAAAAAUCCCUUCCUGAUGAUAUGAAGGCUGUAAUUUUCUUUAUCACAGCCACAACAACCAAAGGAGAUGAAGCAAAGACAGCGAUUUUGUUAAACAUCGAGCAAGACACCACAACUCCACCACCAAUUGAAUUCACUAAAAUCUACUAUGAAGGCACUUUUAACAAUGAAGAAAUUACAGAAGAUCCAGAAAUAGAAAUAAAAGAAGAUUGUUCACAAAUGCAGCUAACUUUAGAUCCAGAUGAUAUCUUCACGCCAUCAUGCAAAGGAAAAGCUGUUGAAUUAAAUGUUAAACCUAACUUUAAACAAAUAACUACCAGUGUUAUGAUACUGACUAUAACCGCUACUCACACUGAUAGAACAAAGGGAACUGCCACAAUUGUAUUUGAUGUACCACAACAACCUGCGGAACCUGAGAUCAAGUUCACACAAACAUCCUAUGAGGGCAAUGUUGAUAUUGAUGGAAACGUGGCAUUCUCUGAUGAAAAUCCAGCACUGGUUGAAUACGAAGGAAUACCAGAUUUGAGUGUUGAUAAAUACGCUGAGUAUUUUGAGGUUGUUUGGGAUUCGGAAGAAGAACAGAUUCAAAUUACGAAAAUUGGAGAUAAUAUUGAAUUGAACGUAGUCACUUUCAUUCUUACAGCCAUGACAUCAACUGGGUCUACGGCAGAAACUACUAUUAUAUUAACCAUUGCCCAUAACGCUGGAGGUGACCCACCAUCACCUAACCCUAUCAAAUUCUCCAACGCGUUGUACUCAGGCAGGUUGCAACAAGAAAUCAACAAGGAAUGGAAAAUAACUUUGAACAAUGGUCCAAUUACGAUUACUUCUGGACAAUCCAAUAUUCACGUCGACCUGGAUAGCGAAGACCCCAGCACAUCUGAAUUCACAAUCACAGAAGUUGUCACCGAUAAGGAAUUCGUGUUAACUGUAACAACAGGUGCAGAUUUUGAUGAGAGUGUAAAGAUGGUUUCCUUCCCAAUAAUUGCCACAACUACAGAUGAUGAAGGCUUCACCAUAGUAUCCUUAGAAAUCAUAAGAGAUACUGAAGAGGUACCUUCAGGCAUUAGCUUCGAAGAGUACAAAAUCGCCCACAGCAAAAUUGAAGACCAGGUUACAAAUUGGGAGGUUGUCACGAUGAAAGCAACAAGCAAAGACACUCAAGACGAGAUCACCUAUGAAUUAACAGGAAUAACAGGGGUAUCCAUUGACCCUACAACUGGAGUUGUAAUUGUGACGCAACGUCUACCCGUGGGAAUUCUUGAACUGGAAAUAACAGCCACAGGAAGUCAUAGCAAGAAAACAGCUGAAGCACCGUUGGUAUUGGUCAUUAUAAGAGAUGAAGACCAACCCAUUCUGGAUUACAAAACAGACUAUUCCCAUGUUAUUAUAACACUCCCAGAAGAUCAAAAAACAGAUCAACUUGUCUUGCCGAAACCCGCGUUUGCUGAAGAAGAGUAUGGUUUCUGUAUAGAGGAAUAUAUCCCGGAAAUUGAAGAUAUCUUCUAUAUCGACAAUGGUGAUGUAAAAUGCCGCCAAUUCAUUCGUGAAGAACCCAAGUUAUUAGAAAUGGAGGUACCCCAAUUUACGGUCAUAGUCCAACAAAAGAAACUUGCCGACAUUGGAGAUGGUAAAUGCCCUCCUGAAUCAUCUCGACACAAACGUGAGAUAAUUGAAGGUAUUGCAAUGAAAGAACAGUACACUCCCAAUGAACCCCACAAGACCAUCAUAUCCGUAAAAAUUGAAGAUAUAAAUAAUAACUCUCCAAUAAUGGACACCACGCGUGUUGUGGGUUAUCCCAACAAAAACCUGGUGAAUUAUAUCCAACCGCCAUACCUGGUAAAAUUACACGCGACCGAUGCAGAUUCAGCAGAUGGUAAUUUUGGUAAAAUUACAUAUUCGUCUCUGAGUCCUGAUCAAUUGGAGGUGAAUGGCGAGAGUGGAGAAGUAUAUCCCACGAAUGCCAUGUAUGAUGACAGUGAUCAAGUGUACACUGUACAAGCCUGCGAUUCAAACGCUGAAGGCCAACCUGAACAUUGUGUUCCAAUGAUAUUGGGGGUCAUCUUGUUGGAUACCGACCACAUGGCUACAAUCACAGUAAAUAAGAAAAUCGACGAGGUGGAAUCCUUCCUUGCAUCAGUCUCCACUGACAAAGCAACGGUGCAUCUGUUAUUCGUAAACAAGAUGUACCAGAAUGCUCCUGUAACAAUGGCUAAUCCCUUCCAGCGCCAUAUCCGUGACACCACCGAAGCUCCCACACGAACCUUGAACGCUAUCAUCUACGCCUUGGACGAAACCAAGGAACCUUUAACUUUGACCGAGAUAAAAGCUUUGUUUGUAGACACAGAAAACGUGGUUGUUACUAGCACAACAGUCAUUAGCAGUGAUGAAGGAUCUCCCGGGUCUUCUGAUGAUAACGUUGGUUUGAUCGUAGCUGUAUCUAUCAUAAGUGUUAUGCUGGUUGCUGUUCUUAUUGGAGGAGCUUUCUUGUAUCGACGAAUGAAAAAUAGCAACAGUAUUCCGUACAGGUCAAAUUUGGACAACGAAUCAUCUCCUAGUGUUUCAUCCGGAUCCAUCAAAACAACUGAAGACCUACCUGAUUCCAAAGUGGAGGAGAAAUCAAGCGCAGGCAGUUCCCCAGUGUUUGGUUACAAGAAGAAACCCGCACCAUUACCACCAGUAUUCCCUACUCCCCCAUCUGCCCCCUCCCCACCUCCUGAAGAAAAAGAAGAAGAAAGUGACCUGCAAAAGAUAGAAUUUGUCAAACACCCGGCUCGUAUCAGUGAUGGUAUGCUGUCUAAAAGAAUUGAACGACGUGCAACAGGUUAUCCCCUCAACCCUUCACCUUCACCAGCUACGGUUGAUGAGAUCUUAGAGAUUGCCGAUAUCGAUACCCAAUCUGUUCAAAGCACGCUCCCACCCUACAAACCACCCGUUGAUGAUGACCUUGAUUCUGUCAUGACUGAAGGCACGUCGAAAUCUGUGAGCUUCAACAAGGAGGUCCGCCAUUCGAUAUUGUUCGACGACCCGCAUGAUUCCGACGCAUCAAUAUAACCUAAUCGUACUUAACGCAUGUAAAUUAAACGUAAAACUAAUAUAAUACUUAAGUCUA